AUGCCAUUGAAUACAGAGAUUUCAGAAAGGGUGAUAAUGGCUUCAGGAAGAAUAAUUGAUUUACAACUAGAUCCUCUGAAAGGAUAUGUCUACUGGACCACAAUUCAUACCUUUGAAUGUGCUCUCCUAAAUGGAUUUCAUCCUGCUAUGAUUAUGGAAGAAUCCAGUUUCUCAAAUAGACAGAUUGCAGGUUUGACUGUGAAUUUUGAAUAUAUGAUAUUUUACUGGUUGGUCCAAGAUAACUUUGGAAUUGAAAUUUAUCAAGCUGAGCUAUGUAAGAAAAGGGACUGUAAGAGGACUUCAAUUUCCAAGAUCAUAUCAAUUGAUUUGAUGAGACUCUCUUAUCCUGCACUUCAGUAUUAUAGUGGUAGAUUGGCCUGGAUAAGUCAAGCAGGUAUUAUUUACAGUGUAGAACUUGCCAAUCUACAGAAGACAAAAAUCAACAAAAGAAUGAAUUUUACUUCUCUUACAUCUUUCACAAUUGUCUAACCUAGGCCUUUACUAGUUGAUUUCUUCAUAAAAUCUGAUGUCAUUCCUCAGACUCUCUCCAGAAAUUCAUUCCACAUCACUGGAAACUCAUCAGCAUUUUGCAUUAGCUGGAACAUGCCUGAGAAUGUUAACCAUGGAAAUAUAUAUUACCUGUUUAAAUCACUUGCUUUUUCUAUUGUAGAGGAUUUUAUGACACCAAAAUAUUGUUUGAGGAGCCUACAUCCUUUCUCAGAGUUUGAUGUAAGUGUAAAGCUUUAUACUUAUUGGGGAUCUACUGCUGAAAUGUUAUUAAUUCUUCCAUUCUCCAUAAUCUAAUAUGUUUGUACAAAAUAU